AUGUCCGAGAUCCACAAUGGCCUGGAUACAAACGUCCACAAAACCGUCACCCUCCAAGACCUGCGCAGCGGUAUAAAACCAGCCAGUAGGCGGUACAAAAAGGUGGAUCACGACAUGUUUCUACAGUUGCUUACACUCGGUCGUGUAACGAAACUUGAGGAUGUCAAGAGAGUUGGCGGUGAAAUCAUGCCUGUGACUUGGCUGCAUGAGCUGCAUCAUCUCCUCACACGCAGUGACGACGAGGCUGCUGUCGACAAGGAGGGAACCCGUAUCAGAACCACGGAGAACAAAUACAACCCUGCUACAAACCAAUAUGAGGACCAGGAGGUUAAUAUGAAGGCUUACGGAUAUGAUCUGUCGAGAGACCUCGCCCUUUAUGGUGGCAUAUCUGCGAUGGUAAAUCCUGACAAUUCGGCUUUCUUUGCACUGGCCAUGUUUUUCAGUGAGUAUGAUUGGUCCAAAGGCUUUGCAAUGCCGUUGAAAGAUCACAAGGCGAAGAAAGAUGACUAG